GUUUGAAAAUAUAAACGACCAUAUUUGGGCGUCUUCGGGUAUCGGGUUGUUCUUUUAAAACCACCGCCGCCGGCAAACCUUUGGUAGCUGUUUCACCGCCAUCAACGUCGCCGGCGAUACAGAAAAAUCUUCUUCUUAUCGCAUUUCCCCUCAGGCAUAGGAGUACGUCCUGUUUGUGAAUGCAAUGAAGCAUGUUCUGAAAAUUUUAACAUUGUUGGUCGCCAUUUCUGCAUUUUGGAUCGGGCUCUUGGAGACAUCUGUAAUUCCCCGUAGUAAUGCCUGGCUGCUACCCAUAUAUUUUGUUGUAUCUCUAGGAUGCUAUGGUCUGCUAAUGGUGGGAAUUGGUCUGAUGCAAUUUCCAACUUGUCCUCACGAAGCGUUGCUAUUGCAGCAGGACAUUAUUGAGGCCAAGGACUUUCUGAUGCAAAAAGGGGUUGAUGUUGGUUCUAGUUGAUCAAUCUUUCAGGGUCCUCUUCUAUUGGACGUUAGCGAUGGAUGAGAUUUGGAACCUCCUGCAAGUUCGCCCUAACUGCCAGUUGUAGCCACUAGUUUGAAAGCCUUUGUACCUGCUGAAAUAUUCUAAAAGUUCUCCUUACUGGGCAAAAUUAUUACCUCUUCUCUGGUGAGUCUGAUGUAUGCUUUUAUUGAACAAUUACGAUUGUCCCACUAUCCCUACAUGUCCUCUGGAUGUAUUACUCAUUCCAUUUCCUUCCAGCAUUAUGUUGACAAUGAUGUUCCAGAGACUGUUCUUUGGAACCGUAAUGUUAAUGAUCGCUGUCGAGCUAAGAUGCUGCUUCUGUAAUUCAUAUAUUACCUCGUAGCUGUGAACUAUUCCUCCAA